CCGGUUAGUUACAAAUACCUACCUAAGGUAAGGAAGGUACAUGACACAGCAUGAUAACUCGAACUCUCAUGAGAUAUAUACUCCUUCAAACGGAAUAAAUCGUAGGUUGUUUGUUCUUUGAAUAGCAUCAGUUACCAGGAAAAAUGUAUAUGCCAACACUGUCGCCUUCCCAUGUGUCGAGUAUGUUUGACUUACAAGUCAAUCUGGAUAUAAGUACCUAAUUCGUCAGGUCCGAAUUUACCGUCCCAAAUCCUCAAUAACCAAAUGUACUCAAUACGCUAGACGGUUUGCUAGGUAGCCAGCCGAGCCAGCAUUCCAUCGCAACAUCUGACCACAUUGACGGUAAUACCUCGACUAGAAAUGCAGAAAGCUAUUGGCAAGGAUGGACCCGACAUCGGGCAAGUCACCGACUCAAGCUCGCGCGCCCCACCAAUAAAAGUUCCCGCCGUCGCGACGAGUUCACUUGGUCAUCAUCGCUGUUCAUCAUUUCGUUUCUAUCUUUCUUCCUUUGCCAUUCCAUGCGUUAAAGCCCGUCAAACUUGCCCAGCAUGGCGACCGUCGAGGGAGAAACUCCUACUAUGACCAAUGGCUCACACGACGGCGUCAAUGGCUACAGCAACACCAACGCCACUACCAACGGCCAUGUCUCUCGCACGCCAUCCCUCUCCGGCCUCUCUCUUACCGAGUACAGCGCCAACCCGACGCCCUCUUCCGAAGCAUCCUCAGCGAGUCGCAUAGCUGAAAUCAUACCGCCCGAAUUCAUCCUUCCUAACGGACACCCUGACUACCUCCGCCUAAUACUCACAUCGCGCGUCUACGAAGCCUGCAAGGAGACAUCUCUGACUACCGCUACGAAUUUGUCGAACCGACUAGAGUGCAAUGUGCUUCUUAAGAGGGAAGAUGAGCAGCCAGUCUUCAGCUUCAAGCUUCGGGGCGCUUACAACAAGAUGGCACACCUGGACCGCAACCAGAGCUGGAAGGGCGUCGUCGCUUGUAGCGCCGGGAAUCAUGCCCAAGGAGUCGCCUAUUCUGCUCGCCUUCUCAAAAUCCCCGCCACUAUCGUCAUGCCUAAGGGUACGCCGAGCAUCAAGCAUACCAACGUCGCGAGGCUAGGCGGUUGUGUCGUUCUCCAUGGCCAGGACUUUGACGCAGCUAAGGAAGAGUGUGCAAGACUCGAAGAACAUCAUGGACUAAUAAACAUUCCUCCCUUUGACGACCCCUACGUCAUUGCCGGCCAGGGUACCAUAGGCAUGGAACUCUUGCGGCAGACUAACAUCCAGAAACUCCAAGCCAUAUUCUGCUGCGUGGGUGGUGGUGGUCUUAUCGCUGGUAUCGGUGUCUAUGUCAAGAGGAUAGCGCCACAUGUCAAGAUUAUCGGUGUCGAGGCCGAAGACGCCAACGCCAUGGUUCAAUCACUACAGCGAGGCAAACGAGUCGUAUUGAAAGAGGUCGGUCUCUUUGCCGACGGCGCCGCCGUGAAGACAGUGGGCGAAGAGACAUUCCGCAUCUGUCAGGAGGUCGUCGACGAGGUGAUUCAGGUCAAUACGGAUGAGACAUGCGCCGCCAUCAAGGAUGUUUUCGAGGACACACGCUCUAUCGUUGAGCCUGCAGGUGCCUUGUCGCUAGCAGGCUUAAAGAAAUGGGUCGCCUCCAAUCCAUCCAGCGACCCUUCUCGUGGCCUGAUUGCCAUCACGAGUGGCGCCAAUAUGAACUUCGACCGACUUCGCUUCGUUGCAGAGCGUGCCACUCUUGGUGAAGGCAAGGAGGCCUUGCUAUGCGUAUCAAUUCCUGAGCGACCGGGCUCUUUUGCCGAGUUGGUCAACCACGUCAUGCCGCAUUCCGUCACCGAGUUCUCCUAUCGGUAUGCGACGGCAGAAAUGGCCAAUAUACUGAUGGGUAUCUCCCUACCUGCGGCAUCUGACAGGGCGCGAGAACUCCAGAACCUCAUGUGCCGUAUUACAGCUUCCGGCAUGACAGUAACAGAUCUCUCAGGUGAUGAAUUAGCCAAGUCGCACAUUCGAUACCUUGUGGGCGGGCGGUCUGACGUACCUAACGAACGGUUAUACAUGUUCAACUUCCCUGAAAGACCCGGCGCUUUAGAAAAGUUCCUCAAAACUUUGCAGCUCAAGUUUAACAUCAGUCUGUUCCAGUAUCGUAACGGCGGAAGUGACGUGGGCAAGGUGUUGACUGGUAUCCAGUGCCCGGGAGAUGAAGUAGGGGAUUUGGAGAAAUCACUCAAGGAAAUCGGGUAUCCUUGGGAGGAUUGCACAGAGAGUCAAGUGUUCAAGACGUUCCUCCGCAACUGAGGUGUAAUACAUAAUAUA